UAGAGAGCCAGUAUAUAACCGCCGAGACAAUCAUGGUAAGUCACUGACUGUACUGUACUGUCACUGUCUCAUCAUGAGGACCUCCGUAGCCGUUGCUUCCCUUGCCAUUGUCGCCCUCGCCAUCUUGGUACCCACCAUCUCUGCUGGAUGUGCUAAAACAGUUGUAGGAGUUGGUGUGCCUGUAGAGAGCUACAGCGCCAGCGUGAAGAACGCCGCCUCCAACUCUGACGCCAAGACUGCUGAAGCCAACAAGGAAGACGAGGCUUACACUGAUGGCAUCGUCAAGUACGCUAGGGGAUCCUCCAACACUGCCACCAGCCAGGACAAGGACAGCGCUCAGUCCUCCGUCAAGGAAGUCAACGUCAAGGGAAUUGACGGCAGCUCAUACAAGGCCAAGUCCUCUUCAGUGAAGACCGCCUCUCUGGACGCUGACACCAAGACCUCCAGCUCCUACGUGUCCGUAGGACCCGCCAGCUCCUGCGCUUAGAGGAAUGUUUUCACUGACUUUUUAAAAUUACAAUAAAUUAAUGUUUAAAUACUA